AUAACGUGUUGAUCGAGUCAAGUACUUGUGCUUAUUACUCUCCACUUUAUAUGCAAUUAGGCCUUCAUUGUUAUUCGUAUUUUACGUCUUUUACGAUGUACUACGAGUGCUGUGUGUGCAAAAGAUCGCGACAGGACGCUUUAUUAUAUCAUUUUCCUGACAACUGGAAAAGACUUACUAUGUGGUUGAAGUGUAUAAACCGUGAUGAUUUGAAGGCAUUACCUAAAGAUCAGCUUUCGAAUCUUUUCGUGUGUCAAAAGCACUUCGAGACUCAUUUUAUUACGUCGGAAUCACGGCUCAAAAAAAUUGCUUAUCCAUCAUUGUUCACUGAGGUCGAGAUAUUGAGUGGAGUACCAUCUCAAGAUAACAUAGAAAAUAUUAACCCUCAAUUGGAACAUAACUACGCACGGAAAAGACAUUUUGACCACACAUACAGCAGGGAACCUCUAAAAGGUACCACUGCUCCUGGUUCCAUUCUUCCACAACCAUCAACCAGUACCAGUUGCCAAAGUACAGCACUUAUUGAUAACUCGGUUAUUGAUGUGAAUAUGGCUUCAACCUCUGCACUAUUGAAGGAACCAUUAUUAUUGCCUGUUAGAGAUACUACUGAUUCUAGUACCAAUCUUCCAGGACCAUCAUCCAGGACCAGCUGCCAAAGUAAAGCACUUAUUAAGAACUCGGGUUUGAAGAAACGUUUUGUCAAAAAAGUUAAAGAUUUGACUCCUACUGCUCAAGCUAUUUAUAAGGAGUAUAGAAAGGCUAAACAACAAAAAGUGAUGUUGAAGAGAGCAAAUAGAGCAUUAAAAUUUAGUAAGGAGAAGGCUUUCCAAAAAUUAACUAAUAACAUGAAUCCAUAUGCUAAGCAGAUUUUAGAAAUGCAAAUCAACCUUUGCACCAAAAAGAAAAAAGGGUAUCGUUUUUCUUUGCAAGAAAAACUAAUAGCCUUGUCAGUGCUGAAACAAAGCCCUAAAGGCUAUAGAUUUCUGAGGAGAAUAUUUAUUCUGCCUUCAAAAUCAACAUUAAAUAAAAUGGUGAUGAAACUCAACAUCCAAACUGGAAUCUCUUCUCAAGUAUUUGAGUCAUUGAAUAGAGAGGUGACAGGCUGGAAUGAUAAAAAGAAAUGGUGCUCCCUGAUAUUUGAUGAAAUGUCCUUAGCACCUGCAUUAAAUUAUGACAAAAAGAGGGAUUUUAUUCUCGGUUAUGUUGACCUUAUUGAAAGGAAAAGGAAAUUUGCAGACCAUGCCUUGGUUUUCCUACUUAGAGGUGCUGUUUAUAAAUGGCAACAGCCAAUAUGUUAUUAUUUUUGUGAAGGCGCCACUUCAGGCAUAGAACUGAAAUAUAUUAUUAAAAAUAUAAUAACUGCGGUUGUGGAUUGUGGGCUAAAGCCAGUUUCUUUGAUUUGUGACCAAGGGUCGGCUUUCCAGUCGGCUUUAAAAAGUCUGACUGAGGAAACAAAACGAGACCAAAUCCAUGCUAAUCAAGAACCAGAUGGCACUGUGAAAAUCAGAGGGCUGAAUUUAAAUGUUAUUUAUGACCCCUGUCAUUUGAUUAAGGGGUUGCGGAAUAACUUUAUAACUAAAAAUAUAUCAAUGGAUGGGAGAACUUCCAAAUGGACUGAUAUUGUUGAUGUCUACAAAACAGACUGUAGUCAUGCUGAGGUCAGGCUACUGCAUAAAUUGAAUGACGAACAUGUUAUUCCAGAAAAGAUAAAGAAAAUGAAGGUAAAAAAUUGUGUAAAAGUAUUAAGCAGUACCAUGUCUGCUGCAUUAUCGUACACUGCAAAAUUUUCGCACUAUGCCGAUGGUAGACCCGUCAGUGAAACCCUGGACAACACCGCAAAGACUGUCUUAUUCUUAGACCAAUUAUUUGACAGCGUAAACGGAGCCUCCAUGUUAGGGAAAAAAUCUAAAGGGAAGUGUCUACGAACGGCGGUCACAAAUAAUUCACCGCAUCAUGUAUUUUGGAAUGAAUCUAUAAAAAAAUUACAAAAUAUGAAAUAUGUCGAUAGUACGGGAACAGAAAAGUCAGUGCCCUCAUUGGCAAAUUUUAUAACUACAUUAAAAAGUUACCAGAGGCUGUGGCAGCUUUUUAAAAAAGAAAAUAUGAGGAUAAUGCGUCCGAGAUAUUUUAAUUCUGACCCUAUUGAAAAUUUCUUUGGGCAAGUGCGAGCCUAUAAUUUUAGGAAUAAUGACCCAGACUGCCACAGCUUCAGCUGCACAUAUAAAUCCUUACUGAUAACUAGGAUACUAAAAUUUCAUAAUGAAACGUUUAAUUGUGAGGAUGACCCGGCUGAUCAAGUACUUAAUUUGCAAACACUGUUUGAUAACAGAGAUAUCAUGCCGGGUCAUCCCAGUAUUGAUAUGAUUUUAGAACAGGCACGAAGAGAAAAAAUAAAUGUACACUCACGGGCCUAUACUGCUGGAUGGGUAGUGCGAAAGGUAUUGCAAAAUUUAAAAAGUGGUUGCACAACAUGCAAAAAUUCCCUCACCACCAGGAACUUAACUAAUAUACAUGACUGGAUAAGUCACAGAGAAUAUACAAAAGCUAAAAACCGGUUGCACUACCCAUCAGAAGGUGCAGUAAGGUGCUUUGGUACAAUAAUUAACGAAUCAAAUGAAUACUUAGAAAUAAAAGGACAUGAAACAAAUAUAGCCAAGAAUAUAAAAGAAGUAGUUAUUUCUAAGUAUUCAUUUGAUUUUAUUGUAUGUACCGAGCACAAGUUAUUGGUAAUAGAUAAUUUUGUAAAUUUAGUUAUUAAAUUUGCCAUAAUCAAUUGGUGCAGAACAAUAAACAAAAUACUAAAGGGCACUGACAUUUUCCGAUUAAGUAAUCGUUCUUUGCCUAUGACGCAAAAAAUGGCGUUGGAAAAAUAUAAUAAAAAAUUAAAAAAUAAAUCUUUUAAUAAAUAAUUCAUGUGUUUU